GUUAAAUACCAGCACCUUUCUAAGUUUCUGGUUAGGAGUAGGAGAAGACAGAAUAGCUUUCUAAAACUAAAAUGGGUCUGAUUCUUGGAAAAUACUCAGGUUACAAGGAGUGGAGGGCUAGGCAAGUCCAAUUAAUAUCUGACAAGGUUUUUGACCGUAUAAAAAAUGAAGCUGGGAGACUGAAUCUGACCUUUGAAGAUCUUUACAUUGCCGUGCUGCUCAUCUACAACCGGAUUAAUAAACACUUGCCUGCACCACAUUUUGAUCCUCCUUCAAAGCAACAAGUCAGGGAUCUGAUAAAGAAAUGUGAUCUCAACCUAGACGGAGAACUCAGCCGCAAUGAGUUCCUCAGUUUCAUUAGGCAGUUGACAAAAGAAACAGUCUUCACUGUCAGUCAAGGCUUGAUGAUUUAUUUUGCUCUGGCACCAAGAGUAGCACGAAUUACAAGGAAAAAAACGGAGGGCAUCCCUUAUGUUGGUUUAUACACCUUCCAAACAGCAACAGAAACUCACAUUGAGAGAAUAUAGAGUAGCCAGAUGAUAUUGUUCCCACAAACACAACGGGGCCAUGCAGUAUCAUAUUAGGUUGAGGCUAGAACUUGCUUCCUGUGCUCGUUGCUCGAGUGAUUGCUCCAGAGAGAAGACUUGGUUCGUGCUUCCUCCAUUCUGUUUUGAACAAUAAUAAACUUGCUCAUGGAUAUUUUACUAUAGAGCCUGCGUGCUCAUGCUUGCCCCGUGUGGCAUUUGUUUUGAACUAUGUUUUCCGCUGCGUAUUGAAUUGCUUAUUAUGUAUGUUUAUAGAUGACUUAUGUGUGAAUGAUAUUCGAGAUGCCCUGUAUAAUAUGGAUGUGUUUGAUUGCGGUUGACUGUUCGUAUUGUAC